AUGUGCACGUCUGCUUUGUGGUUUGUGUGCAUUAGCUUGCUGUUCAGCACAUCUUUGAGCUGCUAUCAAUGCUUCGUUAAUGUGCCAGACAGUCUUCGCCUGUGUUGGGGUCACAUUUUGACUGAACACAAUGUUAGAAAUGUUGAUUCCUGCUUCAGGAAGCUGGACCGUAUAUUCAACAACGAUCAAAGAGUCAUUCAAGCUGGCAGAGUGGGUAAAGGCUAUGACAAACAGCUGAAGGAGAUUCUGGAUGCAGAGAUCCUGCCCAUGGCACAGGAGUUCGACAAAAAGCUGAAUAACGACACAGUGUAUGAAGAAAGGUUGCAGACAGCAGCAGACAAUUUCAUCGCAGCUGCCUCCAAACUGCCUAGAGUCUCUGGAUGUUUUCCUCCAUGUGGUUUUCAGAGUACAGGAGCAGUAUACAACUGUAUUACCUGCCAGUAUGACUCCUGCAAAUUCCCUCUUGACUGUCCAGUUAAAGAAAUUAAAGUAACAGAGAACAGCAGGAUCCGUAUGUGGUGCGAUGUGCUGUUUCCAUUACCAAAUGGCAUCGAGAUAAUCUGGAGGUUUGCAGAAGAGGUGAAAACCCAGCAGGUGGAUCAGUUUCAAGAAGUGACUGCGGGGGUGGACAAGCUCUAUUCCAUCCCUUCAACCAGCUUGCAGCAUCAGGGCACCUACCAGUGUGAGAUCUACUCAGGCCAACGAUCUAUUGUCAGGCUGUACUACUUUCUCACAGUGACCCCCCAGUUUGUGGCAGGCCACACAGAGCUGCAGGAGAUAUUUGACCUGUCUCUGCUCCCAGGAGGGCGGUUACUCACUGCGCCUGGUGGUCCUCUUCACUCCCCUCUCCUCCUCCCAUCAUCACUGCUUCUCACUGUCUGUUUAACUGCUUUGCUGCUGCUGUUAUUCCUGACCUUGGGGUAAAACAGAGCUAUUAUGUGCACAAUAUCAGACAUAAAUAGUAAAGAAACUUGUAUAUACACACC